GCUACACUACUAGACGUACUGGACAUACAUAUUUGGUCUUGUUGAAAGCGUGAAGCUUUCAUGCGUGAAGCUUUAUACAACAAUGUCAAACUGUUUUACUAUGUUAUUUUAUCUUAUUUGUUGUAGUUUAAUGGGCCUUAUGACAGCGUCGAAACCGUUGUCAAUUUUAUUUAUAGAACCUAUUCCAUCGAUUAGCCACCACGUCUGGGCAGUGAAUUUGGUUAAAGGAUUGCUUCGCAAAGGCCAUCAUGUGCACGUAGUGAGCAUACACGAGACUAAGGUCGAAGAUAAACUCGCGCAGAACUUGACAUGCACUGUAUUUGACGUAAUGCAAACUUACGAAGAAGCUGAGGAUUAUAAUCCGUCUGAUUGGGGAGAGUACAGUGUGAUUUAUACAGCGUAUUUUACAUACCAAUGGGGAAUCCUAGCAUGCGAUACAGUGACAAAAACUAAAGCAGCGAAAGAACUUUUGGAAAUGAUCAAAACUGUUGAGUUUGAUGUCAUAGUGCAAGAUAUUACAUUAAAUCAAUGUUUCCAUGGAUUAUGGGAGGUAGCUAAAAGUAAGCCACCCGUAGUAGGAUUUAUGCCAUUUGGUCCUGCACCUUGGCUCAAGGAUUAUGUCGGUGGUCCAAGUUAUCCAACUGUUCGACCUUACCCACAUGCAGCCAUAGCAAAACCCGUAGGCUUAUGGCAGAGAUCAUUGAAUGCUCUGUAUUUCGUUGUGGAUGAUCUUAUACGAUAUUAUUAUUUCUUACCUAUUAUUCAACGGCAAACUGAGAAAUACAUAGGCCACGCUAUUAGACCAUUACAUGAAAUAGAGAAAGAUAAAAUUAAUAUUGUUCUAAUCAAUAGUCAUCCUGCAUUCGAACCUGGAAUUCCAAUGCCGCCGAACAGCCUAGAGAUUGGAGGACUUCAGGCCGUGCAAUCUAGCGAAAUAGUUGGAACGUAUCCCAAGGUAGGAGAUUAUUGUUUUAUUUAUUUAAAAAAUUGCAAAUAUUGCAGAAAAAUGUUGGCAUAGAGUUGUGAAUAAAAUAGGAAUAGAAAAAUUAAUGAAAUACUAAUUGAUUUAUAAUUUACAUACAUGAAAACUUUCAAACUAACAAAAAGAUUUAACACUUUGCUUUAAAGCCUCUUUUUCGUUUUAUUCCAAAUAUUGUAUAACAAGGAAAUAUUGAUGAAAUUAAUCAGAUUAUGGACUUAAU